GUUGACAAUCUUUGACAUAUUCCUUAAAGAAAGAGGUUAUUUCACGAAAACAUUAAAAGAAAAUCGUUUUAUAUAGUUUUGAUUGAUGUUAUUUUUACCUAAAACAGUUUAUAAAGUAGUCUUUUUUGCUUACUAAACGUUAGAAAUAAAUAAAAAACGAUGCAGAACAGUGCUCGUGAUAAUAAUCAUCCGGGUCAUUCCAUGUUGAUGAGCACACGGGAAAAAGAGAAAUAUAUCGAAAAUUUUAAUUUUCCUUAUUGUGACGACUCCGUUAAAUACGAAAAAGUAACGAAAAUCGGUCAAGGGACGUUUGGUGAAGUGUUCAAAGCGAGAGAUAAAAGUAAUGUAAAAAAGUUUGUAGCCUUAAAAAAGGUGUUAAUGGAUAAUGAAAAGGAAGGGUUUCCAAUAACAGCUUUACGUGAAAUUAGGAUAUUACAACUUUUAAAACACGAGAAUGUGGUUAAUUUAAUAGAAAUAUGUAAAACAAAGGCGUCUCAAGUAAAUCGAUAUAGAUCGACGUUUUAUUUAGUGUUUGAUUUUUGCGAACAUGACUUGGCUGGGUUAUUAUCUAACGUUAAUGUUAAAUUUAGUUUAGGGGAAAUUAAAAAAGUUAUGCAACAAUUAUUAAAUGGUUUAUACUACAUACAUAGCAAUAAAAUACUUCAUAGAGACAUGAAAGCUGCAAAUGUUCUUAUUACGAAAAACGGUGUUUUAAAAUUAGCCGAUUUUGGAUUGGCUAGAGCAUUUAGUGUUAGUAAACUUGGGGUACCAAAUAGAUUUACGAAUCGUGUAGUUACUUUAUGGUAUAGGCCCCCAGAAUUACUUUUAGGUGAAAGGAAUUAUGGUCCACCUGUUGAUUUAUGGGGUGCAGGAUGUAUAAUGGCUGAAAUGUGGACUAGAUCACCGAUUAUGCAAGGAAAUAGUGAACAACAACAAUUAAUGUUUAUUUGUCAACUUUGUGGAUCAAUUACACCGCAAGUCUGGCCUGGAGUUGAAAAUUUAGAGUUGUAUAAGAAAAUGGAAUUACCUCAACAACAAAAAAGAAAAGUUAAAGAAAGAUUAAAAUAUUAUUUAAAAGAUCCGUACGCUUGUGAUUUAUUAGACAAAUUAUUAAUAUUGGAUCCAUCAAAACGAAUAGAUGCAGAUGCAGCUUUAAAUCACGACUUCUUUUGGUCGGAUCCAAUGCCUUGCGAUUUAGGGAAAAUGUUAGCUAAUCACACUCAGAGUAUGUUUGAAUAUUUGGCACCACCGAGAAGACCAAAUAACAUGCGUACUCAUCACCAAAUCCCUGGGGCCAGACCAACUACGUCAACCACACAAGAUAAUGGAUAUCAAGACAGAGUUUUUUAAGUAAAAUAAAUUUAAAAAAAUCGA